GUCCGCUGUUUGAGUGUCGGAGGGUAAAAAGCUGCGGUCUCCAUGAGCGCAACGGGCGGCUCGGCGGGACGCUCUUCGCGUUCCAGAAGGCUGGCAACCCCCCACAGCUCAUCCAAGUACUCUAGUUCUCAGCCUCAGAGUCAGGGGGACUCCACUCCUCUCCCUUCAAUCAAUGAACGCCUGGCCUUCCUCCGCCCUUCCCGGGAGCUGCUGGAAUACUACCGCAAGAAGAUUGCUGACUUUGAUGAAGAACAUGAGGAUUUGGUAAAAAGGCUGGAGAGAUACAAAGAAACAUACGAUGAGCAGCACAAACUGCAAUGGGAAGUACGUCAGCGAGAAGAGGAGAUUGCAGAGUUGCAAAAGGCUUUGAGUGACAUGCAAAUCUACCUGUUCCAGGAGAGAGAACACGUGCUCCGUCUUUACUCUGAGAAUGACCGACUGAAAAUCAGGGAAUUGGAGGAUAGGAAAAAAAUUCAACAUCUCCUGGCUUUAGUGGGAACAGAUGUAGGAGAAGUUACAUAUUUUCACAAGGAGCCACCACAUAAGGUUACUGUUCUACAAAGGCCAGCUACAUCCAGAGACUCACAUGAAGGAAAUGACAAUUCUAGAACAGGCACCAAGAGGAGCACUUCAAAACAAGCAGGAAAAGGAGACAUACAUGAAAGUCCUGAGAGAUAUCAGAGGGACAACCAAACACUUCUACUUCAGGUGGAGGCCCUGCAAGCUCAGAUAGAAGAACAGACACGAUUGUCCAAAGAGCAGCUUCAGGCAUUACUAGAGGACAGGCGGAUUCACAUGGAAGAAGCCCAGGUCCAGCAUCAGAGAGACCAGGACAAGAUUAAAACUUUAACAGAUAAACUCAACAAGACUCAAAAUCUCUUAUACGAGAGUACUCGUGACCUUCUCCAGCUGAAGUCUGAUGUUCGAGCCAGUGAGAAAGCGUGGAUGGUAGAGAAGGAAAAUCUGUUGAGGAGGAUUGACAAAGAUUCAGAUCAGCUUAUUGGCAGGGAGGCAGGAGAGAAGAAGCAGAGAGAUACCAAGAAGGUGCUUCAAGCAGAUCGUGAAGCUGGGAAGCCCCACAGUAGAGAAGUAAAGACACUGCAAGAAGAACUAAUGCAGGAGCAGCGGCUCUCAAACAUGUACAGAGAACAGUGUAUCACCCUGGAAAGUGAGCUGGCUAGGAUUUGUGAAGAGAGAGAUGUUGGCAGAGAACUCUUUAAGGAACGCUCAGAAAAGAUGGGGAAGCGCCUGAAGCUGGUGACUCAGCGAUACGAGGCCUUGGAAAAACGUCGUAAUAUGGAAGUGGAAGGCUUUAAGAAUGACAUUAAACAGCUUCGGCAGAAACUGAAAGAUGUAGAGAAGCAGCUUUUUAAGGUGACUAUGAAUAUUGGACCAGACCAGGAUCUUGUAAUUCUACAAGAGGUUCGUCAAGGAAACAGACUAACUCGUAAAAUUCAAGAAGAAUUAAAAUACUUAAAAGCAAAAAUCUAUGGCUUAGAGAAUGAACUACGAGUCUGCUGAAACUGAAGUUUUAGUUGGCAUCAAAGUUUUAGGAAUGGGACAUUGCCUGUUUACUGGCAUCCAGUAAUAGAAGGCUUGAAGAAAUCUGCAGUUAGGAAUGUCAUAACAUCCAUCAGUGAUACACAAACGAUUCCUAGCAUGCCAAAUUAGCUUGCUGUGUCUGUUGAUAGGCACCUGAUGAGUCUGCUACAGAAAGUAUCAAAAGACUGAUACAUCAGGAAUAUUCUUAUACCUUUUAUUACUUUCAUAUUUGUGGUGUAGGGAGUGGUGUAUACUGAUCUUAAACUUCAUUUGGAACAUAUUAGAAAGCAGGAAUAUAAAUUAAUGACCUAUAUGAUUAAAGGAUCUAGUUCAAGACUUGAAUUGCUUGGCUCACCCUUUCCUAUGUGAGAAAGAGCUUUUAAAGUGUGUUCAAUGAUGAUUGUGUUGGUACCUAGGCAAUUCAGGAUAUAACUGGAAAUUUUCUUUGAAAAAGACCUUGCACAGAAAUUUUGUACUAAGAUGUAUUACAUCCAACUCUACUUUUUACAAUAUAACUACUUUUAAAUAGCUUCCCUUUGAUUAUUUCUAACCUAGCUGGGACAAACCUGACUGAUUUUAAUAUGGUGAAAAAAAAAAACAUUUUAUAGAACUUAGCUGCAAGAAUGAGCUGUGUGUACUCUUGUUUUGAAUAGCUGGGGGAAGUGAGAUAUCACACUUUCAAGAAUCAUCUUCCCAUCUCCUUUUUUUCUAGCCUCUCUUGACUCCUGCAGGAAGCUCAUUUAAAAAAAAAAA